AUGCGCUUCGAUCCCGAGUUCCGGGAUCGCCGCCUGGCUGGUCGAGGCAUCGCGCCGUUGUCUCGACCAGCCGAUCCGAAGCGCAAGCCAAGUCUCGAAAGCCCCUCGACAAGAUCGCGAAUUGUUAUUCCUCUCGCCUCGAAACCUGCCGACUAUGUACCGGGCAGCGGGCCGCCGGUACAGCCGAUAUCGCUGCUUCUUCCGGGCGACUCGACCGCCUACAUCAUCGAGCGCCUCCUGCUCCCCUCGCCGGGACUUGCGCCUAAUGGUCGACCUCUGCCAAAACGAAUGAUGUACUUGAUUGGGUGGCCCGACCUUCCAGCUGCGAGCAAGCUGGUUCCGGCCAUGCAAGUUCUAGACUACGUCUCCCCCCGAACCCUCGAAGACUUUGAAGCACGGCUGGAGCAGGACUUGGACGACGAAAAGGAGAAACUGGAAGCAGAGCGUAAAUCAGACCUAGUGGCACCACAAAAGAAGAAGAAGAGGGGAAGGCCACCGGCACACAGCCAGAUAGAGUCUGCAGUUGUAGCCGAGCCUGAAACCGCUGCCCAAGCAAAGUCACGGCAUAAGAAGGGUGCCAUGAGCCUUUCGACGCCCAAAAAGGCCAGACUGGAAGAGUUUGAAUGGCUGUCAGACGAAGAAGGAAGCCCAUCGCGGCAGAUUGCUCAGGAGCAGUUUCAGAGCUUGCAUGGCUACCUACCCGCGGAGGACGAGAUGUCUGAAGACACAGAAAGCUCUUUACCCAGCGAGCCACCCCAGGCCAUGCGAGAUGGCCUACAAGCAACCACUAUACCUACGAAGCCAAAAAAGCUGUUGGGUCCUUCCAUACUGGACUCAAUGAUGAAGUCCAGGAAACCAGCAAAGUUGAGCAGCGAGGAGCGGACGUCAACCAAAGCGCAAAGCUUACCGCAGCCAACAUCAUCCGCCAAACAAACCAAUCAGACCCAGCAAGAGUUGGAGUUGUCGUCAUUCAUACCUCUGGCACAUAUUAAGAGACCGAAGCCCCAGAAUGUAGUCGUCAGUGAAGAAGAAGGCAAGGCAGUUGAAAGCAAUCCGACAGAAGCCAAGCCAAAGAAAUCGAGGAAACGGCCGAGGUCUGAAGACGGAACCCCAAAGUCGGAGCCUCAAGGAGAGAAUGAUUGGGUAGUGGAGAGGAUAGAAGACGUCGAGUAUUACGAGGUGGAUGGCCGUGGCCUGGUAAGGUAUUUUAGGGUCAGUUGGGAGGGCGACUGGCCGCCGGACCAAAAGAAGACUUGGGAGCCUGAAGAAAACAUCCCGGCAAACCUUGUGCGGAACUUUUUCAAAAUAUCCAAGAGUAGAAGGAAAACCCUGGCCGAAUCGGGGACAAGCAAACAGGCUAAUCCCGCCAAGGGGUUGAGCAAGCCCAAACAGACUGGCCCCAAGAAUGGCAUUUCCAAGCAGAGCACCCACAAACAAGGUUCCUCGAAGCAAUCAAAACUGAUAUGGCCUGGAGUUGACAGAAAAUAUCGAAGCGUUAGUGAGGCUUUUGCUGGAGACCAGGACAGCCCUGAAAUGAUGGACGAAGGUUACGAUGGCGAGGAAGAUGAGCUCACUGGAGAUGGACAGGACGAAUUCUUCGUCGUCACAGAAGGUGGUGAGGAUGAGCUGCAAAGCCAGAGUCUCUGGCCAACCGCCAGCACUCUCUCAACUGCACUUGGCGUAUUUCAGGGGUUUUCAUGA